UUGUUGAAAGUUGUGACUACAUCAGUAUGAAUAUGAAAUCAUUUGCGAGUUGAUCAAUAUGUACAGUACGUACGUAUGACCGCGGUCUGAGCAACUUCAAAAAUUCAAAAGCCGUAAAACGUAUCAUACAUUCCUAUCACAUAUGCCAGUGGAUUACAAAUAUGUAGUCAUUGUGUUUUCCAAAUGAUCAUUCUUAAUCGAUGACAAAUACUGAUCGAUGAGUGUAUGUCAUAAAGUUGACCUGUCAGGUUCUCAAACAGCCUCAUUUGCUUCUUCACCGUGUAAAUUCCCACUCGGCUGCCAAACAAACCCAUCUUGCGCAACACCUGCAUGUGAGGUGACUCAUGCUUGCCUCCUAUAAAAGACCAAGACUCUCCUCUUUAGCGCUAGAUUCAAACAGCAGAGCUCCAAAGCAGCUGAGAAAAGGGGAAAAGCAAAGAGAGAAGGAAGUACGACAAGGCUCCACUGUUACUUCUUCAGCAAAUCUACUGAAACACUGCUGCAUUUUUUUAAUACUUUGAGCUAUUGUAGCAUUUGUCUAACUGCAAAAUGAUGAGCAAAGUGAUCCUCAGUGCUUUGGUUGUCCUCCUGGUCUCUGUAGCCAUCAGUGAAGGAAUGACUCUGAGAAGCUUGGGAGUGGAACUGCACUGCCGCUGCAUCCAGACGGAGAGCAAACGCAUCGGACGGCACAUUGAGAAAGUGGAGCUCAUUCCCGCCAACUCCCACUGCGAAGAGACAGAGAUCAUUGCUACACUUAAAAGGACCGGUCAAGAGGUGUGCCUUGAUCCUGAAGCUCCCUGGGUGAAGAGGGUCAUUGAGAGAAUCCUUGAGAACAAAAGACGCUGAGCUGAAACCUUGCAGAAAACGGGUCACGGGUUCUCUGAGUUUUUUACCGAAACUUGAAGAAAUACCAAAAAAGUGUUGCUAUAAUCAAGAACAACUUAACUUAUUUAAACAGUGGAGCGAAUGAACAAGCUUACUUGACCAACCCGAUGAAGCUAUCAAAAGACACACUAUAUGUUUGUAUCAAACAUGUUAUUUAUUGUCAAGUACGCACUUGUUUGAAUGUCACUCCUGUGCUGCUGUGUUGCAGCCACACUGACUGUUAUGAACUGUUACUAUU